AUGGCCUCAUCAACAAUUCUUUCAAGAAAAAUCAUUAAGCCUUCUUCCCCAACCUCCUCUUCUCUUAGACAUCACAAUCUCUCUUUUAGAGAUUACAUAGCUAUUCCUUCAUAUGCUCCAAUUGCCUCCUUCUACUCUAAACCUGAUAAUUAUACUAACAUAAGCCAGAUAUCACACAUUCUUGAAAAUUCCCUUUCAAAAAUAUUAUCCUCUUAUUAUCCCUUUGCUGGACGAAUCAAGGAUGAUAAGUAUGUUGAUUGCAAUGACAUAGGAGCUGAGUAUUUAAAUGUCCGAGUCAAUUGUUCAAUGUCUGAAAUUCUCAACAAUCCAUACAAUGAUGCUAUUGAUAUAGUCUUCCCACAAGAUUUGCCUUGGAGUAAUUCAUUGAAUGCAAGUAUACUAGUGGUUCAAUUAAGCCAUUUUGAUUGUGGUGGACUAGCAAUUAGUGUAUGUCUAUCACACAAGAUUGUUGAUGGGUAUAGCCUAUGUAAGUUCCUUAUGGAUUGGGCUGAAACAGCUCGAGAUCAUGAAUUGGACAAUUUCAAACCAUCUCUUCAGUUUGAUGGAGCGUCGUUCUUCCCACUAAUGGAUGAUCCUCCAACUAUACCUAGAGUUGUGCCUGAACCCCAACAAUGCGUGUCAAGAAUAUACAAUUUCUCAUCCUCUAGCUUGGGAAGACUCAAGGAUAUUGUUGUUGCAACAAAUUCAGGAGUUGUACAGAAUCCAACUAGCAUUGAAGUUGCCACAGCACUUGUUCAUAAAUGUGGGGUGGCUGUGUCAAUGUCAAAUUCAGGCGAGUUUAAACCAACUCUAUUGAGCCAUGUCAUGAAUUUACGCCCACCAAUUCCACUAAACACCAUUGGAAAUGCUUGUUGUCAUUUUGGGUCAAUAACAAUGAAGGAAGAUGAGAUAAAGCUACCAAACUUGGUGGCUCAACUACAAAAGGCUAAACAACAACUUCGAGACGAGUUGAAAGAUAUGAAUACAAAUGAACUAGCCUCGCAUGCACUCGAAAAAAUUAAAGAGGGUAUAGAAAUAAUAAAGCGCGAUAUAUUUGAUGUGUAUUAUUGCACAAGCUUAUGCAAUGUUGGAUUAUAUAAGAUCAAUUUUGGAUGGGGUAGCCCCGUAAGAGUAACCCUAGCAAAAAAUCCAAUGAAGAACCACUUCCUUUUCAUGGAUGAACCAAAUGGAGAUGGAAUAAAUGUACUAAUCACUUUGACUGAAACUGAUAUGUUAAUAUUUCAGAGUAACAAAGUCCUCUUGGAAUUUGCUUCUCCAAUUGGAAUGUUGUACAAUUGUUAA